AUGGGGGACCCAUCGCCCGACCCUGAGCCCCAACCCCAGCAACCCUCAAGUCGAAGGAGUUCCCAGGUGCCCCAGCGGCGCAGUCGGGAGCUCAGUCUACCCCAGCCCAGCAUCUCUGAGGAGGUGCCCCAGACACCAUUUGAUGACCCGGCCGUGCAGAGCAGUCAAGGGAUCCUGGCGAGCCAGACCAACCUCCAGGACUGGUCAUCAGGGCCCCCCCUGACCGCACAGGAGAACUUGGCGAUGUACCCCACUGAGGAAGCCCAGCUGGGUGGUGUAGAGUACCCGUCCCUGAAUAUGGGCUUUCCUUCCGAGUCCCAACCUUACAUGGAAGAAGGUGGGAUGCAGGCCGCCCGAAACGUCAGCCUAAUGCUGCAGCAACUACAGCAGGGCCAAGGCCGCCUCUUCCAGCAACUGGACUCUGCUUACCUGGAGACGCAGCCCGACUACCUGGGCCAGUUCAACAUGUACCAGGGAGAAGACCUACAGUUCGACCAGGGUGUCCCGCAUGGGCCCUACAUGAGGGAUGACCCAACCCUCCAGUACUCACCCUCGGAGCUGGGCUUCAUGCCCUUCAGUGCGGAGGUGUCUGAGCCAGAGCCUCGGGAGCUGGCCCUACAGAAUGCCAAGGCCUACCUGCUGCAGACCAGCGCUGGCUGCAGCCUCAGCCUGUAUGAGCACCUGGUGAACCUGCUGACCAAGAUCCUGAACCAGCGGCCCGAGGACCCCUUGUCCAUCCUGGAGUCACUGAACCGCACCACGCAAUGGGAGUGGUUCCACUCCAAGCUGGACACCAUGCGAGAUGACCCUGAGAUGGAGCCCACCUAUGAGAUGGCUGAGAGGCAGAAGGGGCUAUUCCUUCGGAGCAGCGCGGGAGGCGAGGGCGAGCAGGAGAUGGAGGAGGAGGUGGCUGAGACAGCAGUACCCAACAUCAUGGAGACGGCCUUCUACUUCGAGCAGGCCGGUGUGGGCCUGAGCUCCGAUGAGAGUUUCCGCAUCUUCAUGGCCCUGAAGCAGCUGGUGGAGCAACAGCCCAUCCACACCUGCCGCUUCUGGGGCAAGAUCCUGGGACUCAGCCGCAGCUACCUGGUGGCGGAGGUGGAGUUCCGGGAGGGCGAGGAGGAAGGGGAGGAGGAGGAGGUGGAGGAGAUGAUGGAGGGCGGGGAGGGCCUGGAUCCGCACGGUGAGGAGGAGGGCGAGGAGGACGAGGAGAAGGUCACUGACGUGAUCCCCAAGCCCAUGUGGAGGCCACCACCCAUCGUCCCUAAGGAGGAGAGCCGCUCGGGCACCAACAAGUACCUGUAUUUCGUGUGCAAUGAGCCAGGCCGGCCGUGGACGCGGCUGCCACACGUCACGCCCCUCCAGAUCGUGCAGGCCCGCAAGAUAAAGAAGUUCUUCACGGGCUACCUGGAUGCCCCCAUCAUCAGCUUCCCGCCCUUCCCCGGCAACGAGGCCAACUACCUGCGGGCCCAGAUCGCCCGCAUCUCCGCUGCCACGCACAUCAGCCCGCUGGGCUUCUACCAGUUCAGCGAGGAAGAGGGAGAUGAGGAGGAGGAGGGUGGUGCGGGGCGUGACUCCUACGAGGAGAACCCCGACUUUGAGGGCAUCCCGGUGCUCGAGCUGGUGGACUCCAUGGCGAACUGGGUGCAUCAUACACAGCACAUUCUGCCACAGGGCCGCUGCACCUGGGUGAACCCUUUGCAGAAGCUGGAAGAGGAAGAGGAGCUGGGGGAGGAGGAAGAGAAGGCGGAUGAGGGGGUGGAGGAGGUGGAGCAGGAGGUCGGACCCCCACUGCUGACCCCGCUCUCAGAAGAUGCAGAAAUCAUGCACAUCUCUCCCUGGACCGCCCGUCUGUCCUGCAGCCUCUGCCCGCAGUACUCCGUGGCCGUCGUGCGCUCCAACCUUUGGCCAGGGGCCUAUGCCUACGCCAGUGGCAAGAAGUUCGAGAACAUCUACAUUGGCUGGGGCCACAAGUACAGUCCCGAGAACUUCAACCCACCCCUGCCAGCCCCCAUUCAGCAUGAGUACCCUAGCAGCCCCGACAUCAUGGAGAUGAGUGACCCCACGGUGGAGGAGGAACAGGCCCUCAAGGCAGCCCAGGAGCAGGCCCUGGCGGCCGCAGAAGAAGAGGAGGAAGAUGAGGAGGAAGACGAGGAUGAGGACCUGGAUGACUGA